CUGUGCUACCCUACUUGCAUCUUGUUUUAAUAUACAUUGUUGUUUUGCCUGCAUGUAUGUCUGUGUCUGAAGGUGUCAGAUAGAUCUUGGAGUUACAGAGAGUUGUGAGCUGCCCUGUGGGUGCUGGGAAUUGAACCCGAGUGCUCUGGAAGGGCAGUCGGUGCUCUUAACCACUGAGCCGUCUCUCCAGCCCUGAAUCUUGUACUCUUAAUCAAAUAGCAUACAUUUAUUCACCAUUCUUAGCCUUGUAGGAGUCUGACUAUAUGCACUUUUAAGUAGAGGUUCUGAUCAAAGGAACCAACCAACCCUCCCGUAACUAUACAGUCUUGCUUGAAAAAGUGGGAUCCAAAGGUAUCCAAAGGCAUGGCUGUCUCAUGCCUUUAAUUCCAGUACUGUGAGGGCUGGGUGGAUCUCUGAAUUCGAGGCCAGCCUGGUCUUACAGAUUGAGUUCCAGGACUGCCAUGGCGCAGAAAACAAACUGUCUCAAACAAACAAAAAAGCAAGCAAACAAAAAAAACAAAUGUGUCUGAUGUGACUCUUUUUUCCACAGGACAUGGGAGGCUUAAAGAGGAAACAUUCUGAUUUGGAAGAGGAGGAGGAGGAGGAGGAGGAGGAGGAGAACUGGGCCUGGAGUCCAGCUGGUCUUCGAAGCUACCAGCAAGCCCUGCUCCGAAUCUCUCUGGACAAAGUCCAGCGCAGCCUGGGCCCCAGAGCACCCAGCCUCCGCAGGCAUGUCCUUAUUCACAACACACUCCAGCAGCUCCAGGCUGCCAUUCGCCUGGCUCCAGCCCCAGCCCUGCCCCCAGAGCCUCUCUUCCUGGGGGAAGAAGAUUUCUCCCUGUCUACCACCAUUGGCUCUAUCCUCAGGGAGCUGGAUACAUCCAUGGGUGAGAUGGCAUCCCCUCCGAAUCCAGUGGCUCCCCCAAGUCCCCCGAAUGAAACGAUGCCCCAGGCUGAUCCUGUGUUUUUAGAAGCUCUGAGCUCCCGGUACUUGGGAGAUUCUGGCCUGGAUGACUUCUUUCUGGACAUUGACACAUCUGCGGUGGAAAAGGACUCUUCACUCCCGCCCCCAGAGCCUCCUCGAAGCCUCUUCUGUGCUCCAGGAUCCUGGGAGUGGAAUGAAUUGGACCACAUCAUGGAAAUUAUCCUAGGAUCCUAAGACUCAUGGUGGGGUCCUUCCUGGCAUCAGCCUCUUUGAGCUGGGUCCUUGGAUGUGACCCUUGUAUGUGUGUUUAGCCGAGGCUCUCAGCAGUGGACUGUGGCCUCCUUUCCUCCUGUCAGGAUUCCACAAACUGCCCUGCCCGUGUGCAUGUCUGGUUACCCCCAGCCUUCCGUGAAGGUGCGUCUUCCUGAAUUAAUUUAUCUCUUCCAGAUGCCUUAAGGAGACUCUGUUUCAGGGAGUCCGAUUUCUCACUUACACACUUCUUCUGCCUCCAGUUCCCACUGCCCUUGCCACCACUAGGGCCUCAGAGAACAUAAAACUGGACCUGUCAAAGGGUGAUAGACGGGCUGCCUCUCCAGGGAGUGGGAGGGGCUGGUCUCCUCCUGGCAGGCUGAGCCCCACUUCCU